AUGUCCCCCGCCAUGAACGUCGCCGCAUUGAAAGCUCAAUCUGCAGAAAAGGUUGAAGCCGUUAAAAAUGCUUUCAAGAGUCGUCAAGGUUUCUUGGAUUUCAUCACUGUGCAAGAUUCUGCACUGGACCAGCAUAGCCAUGCGGGAUCCAACAAGACUUGGUCCAACGAAGAUCUUGAUCCAACACCUCCGGAGAAACGGACAUGGCGUUGGUGGAAUUUCGUUACCUUUUACCUAGGACUCUCUUUUGGCAAUUGGACUCUAGGCUCGACCAUGGUUGGUAUUGGUCUUAACUGGUGGCAGGCUAUCAUUGUCAUCUUCGUAUCCCAAUCGAUUAGCUCAAUCGCCAUGUACUUUAACAGUCGAUGCGCCUCAGUCUAUCAUAUCGGGUAUCCUGUCGUAGCCAGGAGCGUUUUCGGAAUGUAUGGAUCAUACUACUUCGUCGGAGCUAGAGCUGCCCUGGCCAUUAUCUGGUAUGGUGUACAACGUAAGUGGUCCAACGCAAGGCUUCUUGUCGCAACUGAACGCACUAUGCCUUCUACCAAAGAUUGGACUAGUGGGUCCCGUUGUGUCCUGGAUGCAAUCUCCUCUCUUUCGAUCUCUUGCUAA